GUCUGCACGAAAUUAAAAAUCUUGAAAAACGAAAUUAAAGGAAAACAAAAGUUGUAUAGAAUAUGGCUUCACCGAAAGCCCAUAAUAUUCUUCUCUCCCUCAACCUUGUCUACUUGGUCCUAUCCGCCGCCGCCGCCACCACCACUAGAGGCAGCGGCUCGGCAAUGGCCCCCGGGCCUGCGAUGCCUCCCGGGCUCGCGAUGCCCCCUGGCCUCACGAUGCACCCCCGGCCGAUGCGAAGGUGCCCGAGAGACGCCCUAAAGCUACGUGCAUGUGCAAAAGUGAUGGGGAAUAUGGUGGGAAUGUGGAGUGGGAAACCUCCGACGAGGCAGUGCUGCAGCUUGCUUGCGGGGAUGGUGGAGUUGGAGGCGGCGGCGUGCCUCUGCACCACCAUUAGGGCUCAUAUGUUUGGCAUGAAAUUCAACAUACCGCUGGCUUUCUCCCUGCUGCUCAAUGUGUGUGGAACCACUCCUCCAACGGAUUUCACUUGUUAUUAAUCGUCUUCCUCUUUCAACACUCAAUAAAACUUGGAUCUAAUAUCAAGUUUCAUCGUCAUUUCUUGAAAGAAAAAGAAUUCCUUUAUUUGAUUUUAUUUUGUUAAUUAUGGUAUAAUAUACUAUGUUACAAGGUUUGAAUUUAUAUUAUAUUUUUUACUUUCAAUAAAUCUGAUUACAAGGUUUAAAUCGUAAUAAUUUAUUGUUCUGUAUUUCUGGAGAUCAAUGUAUGAGAAUUUCGAUCGUUCUAACUUCUAAGUAUUGGUUCCAAGCCGGCCGUA